CUUAACACAUGUGGAUAUUCAACAGUCAGACUCAGUCCCACGCACACCGUAGCUCAUGGAGGAGGAAAGUAGACAGCAAGGGAGAACAUUCAGGAGGCUAAAGUCAUGUUCUUAAGAAGUGGGAGUGUUCAGGGAAAACUCAGAGAACACUCUCUUCACACUUGAGCUGCCUCCAGAACAGCUGGAAUUGGGCUAAACAAAAAAAGCAGAGAAACAGAAAGAGAAAGAGCAAGAAGGGAAAAGCAACUUAUGAAAGAGACUUAAAACAGGAAUUGGAAUGACUUGGCUGUUUAGAUGUGAAUAUGUGGCAUGUUUGUUAACUGACUUUCAGAUAGUCAGCAUAAAAUGGGCUUCAUACGUCAGCAGGGAGAACGAGGCUCUAUAAUGCUGACUCUCUGAAUGGGCCAUGGAGGACAUGGUUGUGCGUGAGAAUUGCAAUGCUAUGGCCACUGACUCCCACCCGAUGGACAGAUCAGAUCAGGAAUCUGACUCCCAACCUUCAUCGAGUCCCACCCAUGUACUCAGAUCUGUCAUCUCCUCUUCUCUAAGCUCCCACACCAAGCUACAGCAACAUACCUCUGCUGUUUCAGCCCUGCAGUCCAAGGCGAAGGCUCGCUCAGAGCGCAAGGCAAUCUGGAAACAGCCUUCUAAAAAGAAAGAAGACAGGAGAGUGGUACCUGGGUUCUACAUGUCAGCAUGCUCUCACACAGGUGUCUGGGGAUUCAGCAGCAGUGAUGAAGACAUGGAAGCUCGUGUUGAGGGUUUAAGUUUCCACACUAUUGAAGAUAAAGGAAUCAUCAAUUCCACGGGAAAUGGAGAAGCAGUAUUUCUGGAGAACAUCGCAGACAGGAUCACCAGGCAAGAGCCCGUGCUAUCAAAUGGAGGUGAUGUUCCAGGAAGAGAGGAAUCUAAUAGUGGUGUCAUGCCCAGGCACAUGGCUCUGAGGACAGAUCCCAGCAUUCAGGGAGAGAUUAACAGGUCAGACAGAGCAGAGAGCCAUCCUCAGAGCUGCAGGCCAAGUGACUCAGGCCUGGCAGUAGCAACAGGAAGCGAACUGAGGCGUGCUGACAGUCUAGAGAGCAUCUGCAGCAGUGGAAGCUCUCUCUCACUAGCAGAAAGAGUGGAAAUAAACAGAUCCAUCCUCAGACAGAUGCUUCAGAAAGCCCAAAGGAAGAGUGGUGAGGGUCAACAGGCUACAGUUACUGAUCAGAGGAUGGAGAAUACACAUUGCAGAGGUGGGCUGAAUGACAGUGACUGGGAUUCUGGGAUUUCUCUUCAUGACAGUGAGCAGAGUCAGAGGCCCUUUGUCUCAGGUGCUGAGUUGCCGCUUAGUCCUCGCCAUGAACAGGCCAAACAACUGCUGGAGCGUGCUCGCAUGAAGGCCCGCUCAAACCCACUCAAAGCCGACCACACCAUCCUACCUGUCCAGAGGGACAAGCCGGAGCUGCUUUCCUGGGUUGGAGCACCUGUGCAGCAGGCUCCUCUUGUGGGUACGGAACGGGUUGUGGUUGGCUCAGGAAACCUCAGUGACUCCUCCAGCAGUGACUCAACUGGAGGCUCUCGUCGUCGUCGAACCCAUGGGCAGUCUCCAACGCGUGUGCGUUUUCAAGAUGAGUCAGAAAAAGACGCUGAAGUGCGUUACUUGGAGCGACAGUGCAGACAAGCUGGAGAGAGGGUGCAGGGACUGCUGGGAGUCAAACCCAGUUUGGCAACAUACAUCAACAGCCAGGACAAAUACAAAAGCAGGAAGAAUCAGGAGAACUUACCCAACACUAAUAGUCAUUAUGAACCCGAGACCAUUGGUCAACAGUGCAACUCAUGUGGAACAAUUUUGGAUGGAGACUUUUCAGAUUCCUGCUUCUUUCAAAAGCAACCAUCGCUUGCUAAUGGAGAGGCUGAGGGAAGGACGGUGCCAUGCUGGGUUGCACCCACGCUGCCUAACCGCCUGGUGCGAAUAGAGCAGAUUAAAGAGACUUACAUAGGUGCCAUGAGCCCUGUCAUUGUGGAGAGCGAUGGCACACACUGUAGAGCCGCAGGCAGUGUGGGUAGUGUUAGAGGGACUCUACAGAAGCAGAAGAGAAAAAGUCGUAAGAGGGAUGGCAGUCCUGAGACGAGGGCCACAACUGCCAAUGGGCUCAGAACACCAGGAUCACCAAGCAUUUCCAGUAACACACCCAUGUCUAAUGGCACUAUAGCUCCACCCUCAAACCCAUAUGCCCUAGAGUCACUAGAGCUAAAGGUGGACAGUAGAACAUGUAAGUCUCUUGCUAACUUUAAAGCCUUUGUACCUUCAGUGGCCUCCAGAGGAGAAGUGGCAGAAGCUCAGUCAGUUCCCAGGCUCCUUCAGCCUGUUCCGCUACCUCUCCAGCCCAAAAUAUCUGCUCUGAAUUUGGAGAGUCCCAGUGGCCAGCGAGUCAUGCCUUCUCAACAUCAUCAUCUUACACAUAUAGACACUGUACAAGAGGGUGGGGAGCAGUCAAAUUUGGAGGGUAUUCCUCAAGGAAACCCUGAUCCUCCAAAAAAUCCAGUGAUAUUUAAAAACUCUUUGUGGAAGGAACAAGCAGGUAGCAACAGUCAUGGCCAGAGAAUCAUAACACCAGGACAACAAGCAGGUUUGACACAGGACCAAAUCAGUGUGGAGGUAGCAGCCAGCCCUGCCAAAAAGUCUGUGAAUAAUGGACUUGUUCAAGGACCUAUCAAGGCCAAACAGCAAAGGGAGGACAGCCCAAGCCCUUCACCAAAUAUGGCCCCAGAGGCUGACCAAAGGGAGGGUAAAACUCAGCAGGCCCUGCGCCGCUUCUUUUCGGCCAUGGGUCUGAGUGCAGGAGGACGGAUUGGUAAAAGUCACUCCAGCAGCAUGGAACAGCUCGGCCCGCCACUCAAACCCAGAACAAACUCCUCAGAAACCCCUGGCCCCCCACACGCACUAAAGAAAGCACCCUCACUCCAGAACCUACGUCUGGCGUCUCCCUUCUCUCAGCUGAAGAAAUCCUCCUCAGUGCAGAAUCUCCAGUGUUCCAAGAGGAAGCCGGAGCGCUCUACUGUAUAUACACCAGGGGAACGGCCCUGUAGCCCCGCCCUCUCCAGGGGUCUCCAACGUGCACUGAGCAUCGAGGAUGUGGGCAGCCCCAGUGCUAUGCGCUCAGUGGGUAGAGUCGCUCAGGCGUUUCCUGAUGGGACAUUUCUGUUAGAGCUGAACCGGCCUCCAGACAGGCCCUUCGGCUUCCUCAUCUCCCGUGGGAAAGGCAGACCAGACUCGGGUGUGUAUGUGGAGGACAUGGGGGACAGCAGUACUCAGAAGCUGUAUUCUGGACUGCUGGGAGUGGGUGAUGAGAUCCUGGAGGUGAAUGGGGAGAAGGUAGCCGGGCUGAGUUUGGACUUGGUCACCCAGCUGAUGGUUCAGAAUGGUACAGCGUCCAUCCGUGUGCUGCGGCACCGACCACCUCACCGCUAACACUGCAGAGGAAGUAGCCAGGAUGUGGUGUGGGUACUGAUCUGCUGGGCUUGAUCGUAAACACCUAUGUUCUGACUCUGUUCAUUUAUUCUGCUGAUGUCAUGCUUGAAUGAAUUCCGUGACUAGGGUGUGUGUGUGUGUUAGAAACAACAACGGAAGGGUUUUUUUUUUUUAUCAGCACUAAAACCCAGAUAAAUCCAUUUUCCUUUUGUCUGACUGCAUUUUGAAGAAGUGCGGAAAACUUGCAGUGCAGAAAACUGCCUCAAAUAUUACUGCACAACCUCUGGGACUGUAUAUUUUUUUUCCUUCCAACAAAGAUUUUGAACUUUUGAUAUCUCAAAAUAUUAGAAUAAAGGAUCAGGACGCUAUUGCAAGGUUGUGAUGGACUUCAACAGGAAACAUAGCAAGAUGCACAUCACACAUGACACUGUUGCCAAAAUUAUUAAUAAAUUCAAAAAGACUAGAAGUGUUGCAGACCAACCGAGGAGUGGACGUUCACAAACAUCCACUGACAAAGGCACAAUCGGCGUGGUGCUGGCAAACAUAGUCCCCUAUGGAGACUUUUGGGACACCCUGUAGAUCCACACCGCUGAUCUGAAAUGUUUCAUAAAGCCACGGCCAGUUUGAAAAGUAAAAUCUAACUUUUGCUUGUCUUGUGCGAUGAGAUUCUACAGGGUGCUGGGUUGUCUUUUCUUACUUAAAACUGUUCAGUACCCCUCUUCAUGGUUACAGGGCUAAAAGAUCAUGUUCUGAAAUUCUCAGUCUAUAUCCUUUCAGUCUCUACAGGAUUUCCCUCAUGAUAGUAGCAUGCUUCUUUCCCUCAGAACAAAAAAUCAGGAAUUGGUAAAACAGUCAAGGCAAGAACGAACUCACCAUAAAUUAGAUUAAUGCUGAGUGAAGUCAUCUUAUACGUUCACUAGUUGCUGCUGUAGGUACAAAAAACUAGUUUGGGUGGUAGACAAAAACAUUGAGGCAGGCAGUAAUGAAAGCAGCUGAAUGUAGUCUGAAAAUAUUUCAGAGUAGUUGAAGCCAAUUCAGUCAACUGCACAAGACUGGGAAGAUUUUCUUUUGCUUUGCUUCGAUUUCAGUUUGCAUGAAACGGAGAGGUGUGCACUUGAUAGU